GUAAGGAGCUCUUUAAGGUGACAACCCCACAUCACCAAGUCUACCGUCAUGUUUCCAAAAUGCUGGAUCCAUCUCUGAAGCAAACAACAACAGAAUAUAUAUUUGUACAUAUAUAUCAACCCAUAUUCAUUCUGCACAUGGAAGAAAAGAUCAUUUAAAUUGGAAGAUAUGCCCUUAAUGGAAGUAUGUCAUUAUUAUACAAAGUCAGGCCUUAUUGUUGACACAUGUUUAAGCCACUGAUCAAUUUUCAUCAAAGACAUUAAUUUGAGUUAUUAGUUUGAAUGUAAUUCUCUUCAUAGUAUAUACUGUAUAUACAGUAUAUUGUCACCACUAACAGGACUCUCAUUUGUUUUGCUUUGCACACUGAAGCUCUUCUAGAUCACCAAGGUAGAUAAUUUUAAAAUGAAAACAAUUUCCAUCAUAAAAACUGCCUCCAGAACAUUGUGGACAAUUCCAGAAAAUGUGGAAGUGAUUUGCCGCAGAACCUCCAGCAGACAGUCUGAUGAGAGUAGUCAGCCUUUAAGCUGCAGUAAAGAACAAUUGAAUCACGAUUUAAUGGAGAUUCAUGACAGUAGAACUGAUGUUAUAGAGCAGAGGCUUUUACUUUCUGUCUUUUCCCAGAUGAUUGGUUUGUUGUUGCAGCAGCUAAUAACUACACAGAAUAUAUGACUGACUAUAUUUUCAACUUAUAACCGCCUCUACAGGAUCUCCUGGAAGGUUUUACUAGCAAAAGUGAUUAAAAAGUGAAUUCACUUACAAACAUCGAUUACAAUCAGUGAUGCACGCUGGUUUACAGGCUUCUCAUCUACAACCUGGAUUCGUCUACAUAUCUGACCUGCAGAACUGAACCAUUAACUAUGUCGACAUGAAUUUAUUGGUCUAACUGUAGUUUUAUCAGAUUAAUGGACGUACGGUACAGCGCCAGGAAAGCGUUCAGUUUCUGACACAUUGACCAUUGACCACUAUCUGCUGCUCCCAGCACCUCUAAAACAAACACCGUCCAUCACCCAGCUUCUAUCAGUGGAUCACCCAGCUGACCCACAUCCAGCUGUGCACCGGCCUCUCCACCUCUGUCCUUUCAUUCACUUCCUCUCCGCCGGUCUCCGCCUGCACACAGGAAAGCACAGAGAAGGGGAAGGAAGCGAUGCUGAUUCUGAUGCUCGCCGCCUCUCUGCAUCUCUGCAUUUUCUUCCUCGUCCAAAUAAGUCUGAUGUUUUUGCAGCAGUUGAUCAAGAACCGAGACGUCAUCUCGUUGUGCCGGAGCCAGAAAAACGGCCAUUAUGAGGCGCCGAAGGCUGAGAAAAGACACAGGCUGACGGCCCAGAGGAGCAUCGAGGACGCCGAGGAGGUGGAGAGGGAGCGUCGUCGAAGAGCCCGCGAAGCUUUUCGGAGGAACAGCGGCUCGCUGCCCGGAGAGUCUUCACAGGAGAGCGAGAUGCCGGCAGAGGAGAGCGUGUACGACGGUGGCCUGAAGCCGAUCAGCUCUCCGUCCCUGGAGGAGGACGAGGGCUUCAGCGACUGGACUCAGCGGAGAGAGAGGCGGAGGCAGCAGCGCCUGCAGGAGCUCGGUCAGGGAGGCGAGGAGGACGAGGACGAGGAGGACGCCGGCACCGUGAACAGAGCCGUCUCUGAAAAGACCGUCCAGGCUUCCGUCACGUCCUCCAGCCGACUCCAGAGACAGGAGCCGGAGGAGCGGGAGGACAGGGCCAGGACGGAGAUGCAGAGGAGGAAGGAACGUGAGGAGGAGACGAUCCGAGCCGAGAGGGGGAGGAGGGAGAAAGUGAGGGAGGAGGAAGAGCAGAGGAAGAAGGAGGAGAUUCAAAGACGUAAUACAGAUAUGGAGAAAAGAAAAGAAGUUAAAGUCUCCUACACGUCCAAGGUUUUCCUUCACCAGGAGCCAAAACACAGCAACUCCAACGGAGACGCAGCCGACGAGGAAGUGACCACACACAUCAACAGCAAAACAAAAUGGUCCACCAGACCCGUGGAGUCCGGGGAGGCGGAGGCCAUCCUGGAGACAGAGCAGCGUCUGGAGAAGAUCCGGCGGGGCCUCCAGGAGAAGGAGAGCCAGGAGCUGGAACAUCUGAGACACCGACAGGCCGAGGCUGAGCAGGAGCUGGAGGAGCUGAAGAGGAGGAGGGAGGAGAGACGCCGAGUGCGGGAGGAAGAGGAGCGCCGGAGGGAGGAGGAAGAGCAGCAACGGCUGGCUAAAGAGGAGGAGGAGAGAAGACAGAUGAAGGAGGACAUUGAGAGGAGGAGGAUGGAUGCAGCAGAGAGGAUGAAGAGCUUGAGUACGUCCAGCGUGAACGGAGACGAGAUGUUCAGUCCCGUCAGUCCCAAAGCUCCAACCCAAAAGAUCACAGAGAGAACUCAGUCCCUGAACCGCUCGCUGAAGAAAAGUAACAGCUUUAAGAAGACGCAGCCUCUCGUCCUGUUGCCCAAGAUUGACGACAAGCUGGAGCAGUACGCCCACGCUGUGGAGAACUCCAUCGAGACCCGAGCAGUGAAGGUGUCGCUGACCGACCUGCCCAGCGCACCCGAGGUCGUCGCCUCCAAGAAGAACCUGUUUGAAGCCGGAGAGGCCUGGAGCCAGAGUCCCACCAAGGGAGCCUCCUGCAAGGACACUGAAGGGUUAAAGGUCGGCGUGGCGAGCCUGAUCACGCAGUGGGUGAAGGGUCCGACUGAUGGCAGCAGACAGUCGCCUGCCAAACCGGCAGAUGUGAAGCCUGGAGACGUGAUGCAGAAGAAGAACAUGUGGGAGGUCAUCGGAGACUCAUCGGGGAGGUCGGGCCAAAGAGUGAAGGGCUCAGCAGCCAGUAAAAAGUACAAAUUUGUUGUCACUGGUCACGGAAAAUACGAGAAGAUCCCUGUCGGAGACGAGAACGAAGGAGAAUUCACCAAUGGAAAGUCGGAUUUAUGUCAUGGUGAUUACUGAGGUGGUGUCAUCUGUUCAGGUGGUUUCCACCUUGAUCUCAUGAAACAUCCACUGGCUAUAAAGACAUCUAAGAGAAGAAGCUCUAACAGUUACAAUAUUUCAUUUAUAUCCAAUAAAUCACUUUUUCUGAUUCUCUAAGUUGGACACUCAAAAACUCAACCAACAGCUCAAUUCUUGAUCAUCAAAUGUCUGUUAUUUGUGCAGUUUCCUCUUUGUUUUUGUGUUUUCUGUUUCAAAUAUUAUGUACUGUAUAUAUCUGAUUGUGAGCUUUGCUGUUUCUGUAUUCUUUACCACUACAGUGUUUAGGUGAAUCAUUCCUAAUGUCUGGUUGAUCCUUAUAUGAUGGUGUGUUGGGAAACUUGUCUUUUGAAUAGAAAACGUUUACAUUUUCCAAUCGUAGAAUUAAUGGAUCUGUCUGAUUUUUGUUCUCAGAUAAAAAAAAACAAGCAAACAAAAAAACAUACACUAUGUCAUGUUUGUGCUCUGGACUUUAGCUGAAGAACUUGGGCGUUGGAGAGAAGCGAAUUGUCAAAAACUGUAAAAGUUAGAGAGUUCAUACUGAUAAUAAUGGUAACACUGAAAGUAUUAAAGUCUAUCAUCUCUUGGGGAGGACAUUGAUUUGCUAUCUGUCACAUCACAUCAACCUUUAUCAUGCUGACACCUGAUCUGUACAAUCAAACUCUAUUUCCUGUGUAUGUUUUAGUUGAAAUCCCUGGUGCAUUCAGCUCUAUCUCUGUACUGCUGCAGACAUUCUUCACCUUAAAUAUCCAUUUACUGAGAUUUCUGCUUGUACUGUAUAUGUUUACAACCCCUUUUUCUUAAAUAAAUUAAAAUCAUUUUCUACUGUACCAUA